AUGUUCUUCAAGAAACUAGUCACCUCGGCUAUAGCCCUGAGUGGCUGUGCCUUGGCCCAAAGCCAGGCUGGUGUCGCGGAUCUAGAUGCCCCAGGUAAUGAUCUCUACGAAAAGGACCUAUCGAAAUGCCCAGGAUAUAAGGCGACGAAGCAUCGGAAGACUCAAUCUGGAUUUUAUGCGGAUCUGUCUCUAGCAGGACCGGAAUGCAAUGUUUUCGGGACUGACCUGCCGAACUUGAAGCUGGAGGUGGAAUAUCAGACCAGCGAUCGACUCCACGUCAAGAUUUUGGACACCAACAACACGGUCUACCAGGUUCCGGACAGUGUCUUCCCGCGCCCCGGGUAUGGCGAAUGGAUUUCUCCAAAGAACUCCAAGCUUAAAUUCGACUUCGUUGCCGACCCUUUCUCAUUCACCGUAUCUCGCACUGAUACCGGAGAAGUACUUUUCGAUACCUCAGGAAGCAAGCUGGUGUUCGAGAGUCAAUAUGUCUAUCUUAAGACAAAAUUGCCCCAGAACCCGCACCUUUAUGGAUUGGGUGAGCACAGUGACUCGUUCAUGCUGAACACGACCAAUUACACUCGGACAAUCUACACUCGCGAUGCUUAUGGAACGCCCCAGGGCGAGAAUCUGUACGGUGCUCACCCCAUCUAUUUCGACCACAGGAAGGAUGCCACCCACGGAGUCUUCCUACUCAACUCCAAUGGUAUGGAUAUUUUCAUCGACAACAAGGGCGGCCAAUACCUCGAGUACAAUAUUCUUGGCGGUGUUCUUGAUUUCUACUUCAUUGCGGGGCCUUCCCCUCGCGAUGUGGCCGUUCAGUACGCAGAAAUCACACAGCUCCCGCUGAUGACUCCUUAUUGGGGGCUUGGCUACCACCAGUGCAGAUACGGUUACCAGGACGUCUAUGAGGUCGCUGCUGUUACCGCUAAUUAUUCCACCAACAACAUCCCUCUCGAAACCAUAUGGACUGAUAUCGAUUAUAUGGAUCGUCGCCGCAUCUUCACCAUUGACCCUGAACGUUUCCCAGCCAAUCUGUACAAGGACCUGGUGGACACGAUUCACGCGAGAGACCAGCAUUAUAUCGUCAUGGUUGACCCCGCUGUGUUCUAUAAGGAGACCAAUUCGGCACUCGAGGGGGGUCUGAAGUAUGAUACCUUUAUGAAGGAAGCAAAUGGAUCCGAAUAUAAGGGAGUCGUUUGGGCUGGUCCGAGUUACUUCCCUGACUGGUUCCACCCCGAGUCGCAGCAGUACUGGACCGAGCAGUUCGGCAACUUCUUCGAUGGAGAACACGGUCCGGACAUUGAUGCACUGUGGAUUGACAUGAACGAGCCCGCAAACUUCUUCAAUCGCCCCUACCCAGGCAACAACACCACCCCAGAGAAAUUCGCAGAGGUGGAUGGUGAUCCUCCUGCGCCCCCACCGGUUCGAGAUGGCCCGGAUGCCCCCAUCCCGGGGUUCCCAGCCAGUCUUCAACCAAACUUUGCUUCUGGCAACUCAGAAGAAAAGCGUGAAGUUACCAUUGUCCAACGUGAUCAAUCCCGGCCUCGUUCUCGUCGCAACCUUGGCGCUGGUCAUUGGCGCACCAACAAGACUCCCUCGCAUUCUGGCUGGCAGCACGGCGGAAAAACUGGCUCUGGCUGUGGACCUAAGGAGUGCAAGGGCCUUACAGGUCGUGAGCUCAUCAGACCACCCUAUAUGAUUCAAAACGGUGCAGGACCCACACUUGCUGAUAGCACUGCCGACACCGAUGUGGUGCAAAGCGGCGGAUAUGUUCAAUAUGACACACACAAUCUUUACGGUGCUAUGAUGUCGUCUCAUUCUCACAAUGCCAUGCGUGCCAGACGUCCAGAUGAUCGUGCCUUGGUUAUUACCCGAAGCACGUUCGCUGGCUCCGGAAAGGACGUAUCGCACUGGCUUGGGGAUAAUAUUUCCGGAUGGUCAUGGUACCGGCUUUCCAUCAGUCAGAUUUUGCAGUUUGCAUCUCUUUACCAGAUCCCCGUCGUGGGCCCAGAUGUUUGCGGCUUCGGCGGUAAUACAACGGAAACGCUAUGUGCUAGAUGGGCAUCUCUUGGCUCCUUCUACACAUUCUUCCGCAACCACGCCGAAAUCUCCGCGACUUCCCAGGAGUUCUAUCGCUGGCCGACCGUUGCUGAGGCCGCACGCAAAGGAAUCGCUAUCAGAUAUCAGCUCCUCGACUAUAUCUACACUGCCAUCUACAAGCAAAACCAGACUGGCACUCCGUCCCUCAAUCCUUUGUUCUUCAACUACCCGAACGACGCAAACACCUAUCCGAUCGAUCUUCAAUUCUUCUACGGUGAUGGCAUCCUCGUCAGCCCGGUCACAGAGGAGAACAGCACAAGCCUGAGCUACUAUCUCCCUAACGAUAUUUUCUACGAAUGGGGUACCGGAAGGCCCGUCCGUGGACAUGGCGAGUACGUCUCCGCCGAGGUUGGCUACACAGAUAUCACGAUCCACUACAAAGGUGGAAUUAUCUAUCCGCAGCGCAUCGAAAGCGCCAACACGACUACCGCUCUGCGUAAGAAGGGCUUCAAUAUUGUCAUUGCACCGGGUCUCGACGGCUCUGCCGAAGGCUCGCUGUAUCUUGAUGACGGAAAGUCGGUUGUCCAGGAUGCUGUGUCGGAGAUCGACUUCAAAUACGCGAACGGCAAGUUCAGUAUGACUGGUUCGUUUGAGUAUGACGCUGGAGUUGGCAUUGAGACUAUCACCGUUCUUGGCGUGAAGCACAAGCCGAAGGGACUCCAUCAUGCCGAGUACGAUGCCGAGAACAAGAAGUUGGUGCUUCAUGUUGAUGUGCCUUUGACGGGUCGCGCCCAUGUUAAGGUUACGUGA